AUGACAUUACCAGAUAUGGGUUAUGUGAUGGUAAAUCAGUAUGACAUCAUUCUUGUCUCAUUGGGUUAUCCUAGUUUGACUUUCUUUCCUAUGACGACUUCACAUUCACCUAAUGUGUCUAUUUACUACAUUGGUUUUAUAAACAAAAAUUAUUUGGUUCAGGUAAACAUGAAUGAAGGAUUCUCCUUGCCACCGGUCACAUUGGAUUUGAAGAAGUAUUGCACAUCAGAUGCAACUUCUUGGAUGAUAAGAUUUUCUGGAGGGUUACAAAAUUGGCAACACCUUACGUCUAUGGUGUUGAAAUAUGUUAAAUUAUAA